CCGUCUGCAGGGAAGGUGGCGGGACAAGAAUGAACGGAUUCGAGCCAAGCACGAGAACGAGAUCAAAGAAAUCGGCACAGAAAGACGGGAAAUCGAGCGAAGAAAGAACUUGAGCAAGGACGGCUACCCGACUUAUGGUCAGCAUUCUCUUUCGUGAAGAACACACCAGGGGUCUGUCUUCGAGGGUAUGUAGCCCAGCCCAAGGAUCCCUCGCACUUCCUGCUCCCGCGGCCAAUUUUGCAUGCUGCUCUGAGUGCAAGAAAUUGGAUUGUUCGUCCCCGACCGCAGCUUGGCCAUCUGCACAUUUUUUUGGUACCUGUGUGCGUGCAUUUUUGAGAGGUUUGGUGUAAGGAGAAUGGCCUGCUGCUAGUAUGCGGACGUCGUCGUGAGUGGCGUUCCACAAGUGGAUUCCAACAUCCGGGAGGACAGUGAAGUGCACAGAUAAUUGAGAAGCUGCUGUAGUUCUCACCUUUUUUUCGUGUAGAAGCUGAUGAAGUCGAGUGCAUUCACUUGUUGGCGAACACACAUCAAUUUUUUUUGUGGUUUAGAACUUGUUUUAGGUGAUCAUGAAAUCAUCCAGUUUCUCUACGAACUUCAAAAGAGCGAUUUCUAUAGGAUUGGAAGCGGCUUAUUGUUUCUCUCAUGUAAUCUCUCUUACUUUUCUGUCCUGAUCAGAAUGAUGUAGCAGCGGAUCACCACGUUAUCAAAGUAAAAAUGAGUGGGUCAGUGGACGAGCUUCGUAUGUACUCAACAUUUUCUGAUUAAUUGAGAGCUAGAGGCCACGAUGCUUUACGUGAGGGACAACUUUGAAUUUUUUCUGAAGGACGGAAGCCUGGGAGAAAGAGCGCUAAUACCACAAAGGUCUCUGAGGUGUUUGAGCUGACAAGAAAAUGAAACGCAUGCGGAAGGCCAAUCGAUAUGUACAUUCAUGAAAUUCUCAUGAUUAGUUUCUCUGUAGUACGAUAACUGCACUUUUCUUGCUGGCUACCUUGCGUACUCGACUCUACAUGAAAGUGGUACUAUGUUAGAUUGUAGAGAUUCUUGGACUGACGAUCUCAUAAGUGCGCUAGAGUUUGUUAUGAAUGUAAGCGGUGAAAUGCCGCCACAUUCUUGUGACUAGAUUUUUUAAGCCGCAAGUCAAGAAUAUGCGAUCUUUAUCAAUUAAGCAAGCAAAGCAUAUGCCAGAGUACCGAGCGAUUUCCGAGAGGCAUGACAAUGCAGGAUUUGUUUUAAAAAAGAGCGACGUCUUUGCUUUACAACCAAUGUGGUCGAGUCACAACAUUUGUCUAAAACGCAUCUAUGAAAUCCUUCUCAUAAGAUUUGAAUCCAUCAUAAUACGCGGGUGGAUCACGGAAAAGCACUUCUCAAUGACACAGUUUGUAAACAUGACGAGGACUUUUGCAUGGAUAUGGAUUCAAAUUUUUGACUCAUUGAAUAGUUAAGAUAUCAAGAUCACCAGGUUUCUUGGGUUUCAUUCGUUCUGUCCUGUAAGUUGAGCUUAUAUGGGGGCCGAUCUUAGCUGGCAGGUCAGUCGACCUGCUUUCCCGAUCAAUCAGAGGAGAAUUUCGUUCUCCUGCUGCAUGACUUUGGUGAUAUUUGUUGUCGAGGCGAGGUGAUAUGCAGGGAGAACUCUGUACGCAGCAAUGGUAAAAUUUGCAAAACAGUUGGAACUACAGUUGGUUCCAGAAUGGAGAGGAGCCUACUGCCAGUACAAACUUUUAAAGAAGAGUUUAAACAAAAUAAAACAGAACCCUUUGGAUAGCCUAGAUGGUCCUAAAUUGAGCUCUAAUUCUGAAAGCCCUCUGCAGCUUGGGCAGAGUUGUCGGAAGAGCUUUUGGUCUCAUAUUGAUCUUAUCCAGGUACAUGAUAGGAAGUCCGAUGGUGGGGAUCAUUAUGUUUACGAAACAGAGUUGCUAGGACCAAUCGCUCAUUCUGUAUACGAUCAAAUCUUUUUUAAAUGCCUAGAUGCACAGCUCAAUAAAGUAAACAACUUUUACGAACUGAAAGAGAACGAGUUCCUACAACGAGCUGCCAUUUUAGAUAAGCAGAUAUGCGCACUCUCUGGUGUGAAGAAGCUUCUGGAACAGGGCCGUAUUAGACAAUACGAGGAUGGUGCUAGCGGAAGGCAAUCUGAACUUGGGGACGCUUGGUCGAAUAUGGAAGCUGGCUUUUAUGAACAGAAUGACGAGCUGCUCGCGUCCAUUGCUAAGGCUACGCUUGAUGCAACUGGUUUGCCCAGCUUACCCUUGCGAAGAAGGACGAUUGAACAGGCGGAGUUCAGUACUUCUCUUGGGUCCUCUUCAAGUUCUUCGUCAAGGACGGAGGUCCCUAUUGGCAGUGUGUCUAGGAAUCCAGUGACAACAAACGUAAAUCAUGUGAAACUUAUCAUUCCACGUACAACUCCGGCAGCUACUAUUGCAGCACUUACACAGAUGCUCUGUGAUGACGUCUUCCGACAGUCUAAAAAGCCUUUAACAGUUUACAGAGAGCGACAAGAUUACACCGUAAGCGAGAAGAAGGUUCAAAGUGCGACGCUCAUGUUACGCGCGGCUUAUGUUGAGUUCUAUCGAGGGCUUGGUUUGCUGAAGAGCUACAGUUCAUUGAACGUCCUUGCAUUUGCUAAAAUCAUGAAGAAGUAUGACAAGGUGACUGGCUUGAGUGUCGCUGAAAAAUAUAUGCAGCAUGUUGAGCGUACUUAUUUUAACAGCUCUGACAAAGUGAUGGUACUUAUGGAUAAAGUUGAAGUUAUAUUUACGGAACAUUUUACAGAUGGCCAUCGACGACAGGCUACGGCAGCUCUGAGACCGUCACAACAACCAGCAUCCCAUCAUGUGACGUAUUUCCUUGGCUUUUUUACUGGAUGUUCCAUGGCUCUUAUGGCGGCAUUCGGGAUGCUUCUUCGUUUAGAUGGGGAUUACAACGACGAAGGCAGAGUUAGCUAUCUGCACACAAUAUUCCCUACUUUCAGCAUACUAGCGCUUGUCCUACUCCACAUGUAUAUGUAUGGUUGGAACAUAUUUUUAUGGAGGCGUGCCCGUAUCAAUUAUGCCUUCAUCUUCGAGUUUUCACCUGGUUCUGAGCUAAGGUACAGGGAAGUUCUUCUCGUGUGUACAGCGUUGACCACUUUACUGAUUGGAGCCAUGGUGAUUCACCUGAGUAUUCAUUCUACGCUCAUUCCAGGACAAGCAUCUCCUUAUAUUGAUCUCAUUCCUGUUGGUGUACUGCUGAUAUUUCUUGCGCUACUGUUCAAUCCUCUUAAUUUUUGUUACCGCUCUAGCCGGUUCUUCUUUUUGAACGUGAUGCUACACAUCGUCUGUGCACCCCUUUACAAGGUUGCCCUGGCCGAAUUUUUCGUUGCAGACCAGUUGACAAGUCAGGUGUCAACGUUGAGAAAUCUGGAGUUCGUACUAUGUUACUACUCUGGCGGAUAUUUUCUAAGUAGGGAUAGCAAUUCGUGCAAUAACAGCAAACGGUUUGAACAUUGGACAUAUGUCUUAGCAUUAUUACCUUAUUGGUGGCGAUUUUGGCAGUGUUUCAGGCGCUGGGCUGAGGAGAAUUAUGAAUCUAUCCAUAUGGCCAAUGCUGGGAAGUACUUGUCAGCCAUGGCUGCAGUGGCGUUGAAAAUAACUUACUCCAAGAACUCUGGGACAGGAUGGCUUACCAUGUUCUUCAUUGCCUCCACAAUUGCAACAGUUUAUCAAGUGUAUUGGGAUACAGUAGUUGAUUGGGGCCUGCUUCGUCGAGACUCGAAGAACAAGUGGUUGAGGGAUGAGCUCCUUCUAGAGCGCAAGUGGAUGUACUUUGCAUCUAUGGUACUCAACAUUUUGCUGAGGCUGGCUUGGAUACAGUCAAUGACACAUCUGACAUUUGGAUCGCUAGACAGCUGCGUCAUGGACUUCAUAUUUGCUGCCCUCGAGAUCUUUCGUCGCGGUCACUGGAAUUUUUACAGGUUAGAAAACGAACAUCUAAACAAUGUGGGUAAAUAUCGAGCCACCAAGCAAGUACCGUUACCUUUUGAGGAUACCACCCCAAAAAUGUAGCAGAUUAAAUCUUCCUAAAUAUCAAAUCGGGGGUUGAAUAAAUCUGCCUCAGGCUUUACAAAUAACCUUAGCUGCCAAUACCUAGCAAUUUGUUUAGCUUUUGGCCUACAUGAGACACAGAUGCCAACAUCAUCAGACAUGAAUUUAUCUCCAUAGCUACACCCUUAGUGGGAUAUGCACAAAGCCGCAAUCGCUUUAUUCCGGACGUCUGGUCUUCACCAUUAUCAGCAACAUUGCCUGAGCACCAUUGUGCACAGACGAUGUUCCCAAAUUUUGUGUAACGUGCACCAAGUUUAUAUCAGAGUUUAUGAAAAGCCUAUCGAGGCCUUGACCUUGAGUGUUCA